AUGGAUACAUGGCAGACACUCCAUGCUCUCAUUGCCCAACUGUACAGUGACAGCAGUGACAGCAGUGGCAGCGGUGGGAGCAGCAACAGCAGUGGCAGUGUAGAGAGGGAUGAGCUGGAUGAGCAGAUGCUAACAGAGCCAGAGAACAUGCACAUGGAUCAACCACAACAGCAGGAGGCACCAGUGCAUCAGCAGCACAUGCAAAAGCUUCAGCACGAACCAUUGUCAAAAGACUCUCGUCUUUACCGCUUUUAUCUCACCAACGUCAGACAUCACGCUGCCGGUCCUGCUCCACCUCUGGGACCCUCGAUGCAGACCGAGACAAGAGCCGUCGAGCAAGAGGAACAUCACAAGGGCGACAGAAAAAGGGUUGCAGAGAAGCAGUUCAUUGAGCCUUCAAAACCAGCCCCUAUUCACCCACCUACAAAUAUAAUAACUGAUACAAACUGCAGCUUCAAGUCAGAGGCCACGACCACUGCCACUCCCUCAGCUCAGAAGAAGCACUCCCCGGUCGCCCCUAAACUGGCCCGGUACGCACACGAGAGCGAGGAUGAGCUACACAUCAGCAGCAGUGAAGAGAGCAGUGACGAGAGCAGUGACGAGAGCAGUGACGAGAGCAGUGAAGAGAGCUGUUUUAGUGAGGCCAGUUUACCUUCCGUCCGUCGUGCUGAGUCAGACACCGAUGAAGACGAGAAUGAGCCACCUGGGGAUAAAGAAGAAACACCGAAACAAGCGAUCAGUAUAAAAAUCACAGACGUCUCCCUGCGAUGUAACAUGGUGGCCUACAAUGAGGAAAGGGCCGCUCAAAACCCACCCAAAAAGCUGAUUCAGGGUGCAGGCGUGCUGUUGAAGACCAAACAGGACCAGAAUAAACAACUGGAUGAGACAAAAUAUGCACCGAGUGAGGACAUGAAAACAAAAGUUCGGACUGAGGAGAGCAACAUUUCAAGAGUAAAACUGCAGGAUCUGAAAGAGCCUAAAACUGAUGUCCCUAAACAAGAGAAUGUGAAAACAACGACUACAAACAAGCCACAGCAAUCCCACUCUCUCUGCGCUGGAGUCAAGAAAUGUGUGGGCGAGAGCAAGACUCCGGAGAGAAGUCUCCAGAGUAAAACCGCUGGUCUCAGGCAGAAGAAGAAGGUCCCUCAGGAGGACGCUUUUGCUGUCGUGAAGAGUGCAGACUUUCCUCCUCUUUGUAACACGGUGGACGCCGAAAGGAAGGCGGCAAUGAAGAGGCCGCUUGACCUCCAGGCUCAUGGUGCAUGGGAAGUUCCUCUGGUGGAAAAGCUACAUCCAGACCAGAAGAAGACUGUUCCUCCAGGUUUUCAGAGAAGAAGUGAUGAGCCAAAAACAUUUGAGAGCACCCAUAGAGGGAAUGUGACCAAAAGGACAGAAAACAAGCCACGUGUGAAACAGACUGAAGCUCAGACCAUGACACCAGCAGACAACAUAUUCGCAUGUGAAGUCUCUCCCGCGUUGAGCACACUCUCUCGGCGCUGUGUGGGUCUUCGCUACAGAUGGCGUGGGUGUAGCCAGCGCUCGGGCCAGUCCUGCCGAAGCCAGCACGAACCAAUCAGUGACCCCCCAGGAGAAAGGCAGACCUUGUACACUGACCAUUAA